AACAGGCUUUAGUGACCUUACAAAUGAAACAGGUUUUGCACUACACAUGAGCUGUGGUGUAUUGGUCUUGCUGUUGAUCCUGAUCUGAGGGCAAGCAGUGCUAUAUCUGGCUUGGUCAGAGUUAGGACAAGCCUUCCUAUAAUGAAGCAGAGCCAGUGAGAGAGAUGCUCACACUGCACUGGUAACGCCGAUGCAUGCGGCGCCUUGUUUUUCUCCUCGUCUCAAGCUACACCUGACCCAAAAACAACACACACAAGAAAGAAUUGCAUUCCCGGAAGGAAAGGAAAGGAAAGGAGGUGGUGCGCCUGUCGUUGCUAGGAGGACGAUGGAGGCAGCCGACGCGUCGCCGCUGGAGGUCUCGCCACGGGUGGCGGCGGGGAGCUGGCGCCGGACGACGUCGAGGCCGUGGAGCCGGUGCAGCAGCAUCGGGCGUAGCGGCAGCAGCAGCGGGGGCAGCGGGGGCAUCGAGUACACGAGCCUCCGCGACGUGCUGGAGGAGGAGGAGCAUCUGUGCGGCGGCGCCGGAGGCGGCGGCGAGUGCGGGGCCGGCGGCGGCGGCGGGUGCGGCGAGCACCAGCACCAACACCAGCACCAGCAGUUGUGGCGCUGGGGCAGCAGCUGGGGCGAGUACUCGUGCCACGACAUCCACGACUUCGACGCGUCCAACAUCGGCAUCCGGAACCAGCUGCUGAAGCACGCGGCGUCGGCGUACCUGCAGUCGGCCGUGGUGGUGGCGGCCGGCCGCGACCAGGGCUGCUGCCUCGCCCGCCUCUGGCGCCGCGCGCAGCUCCGCGGCGGCGGGCGGCGUGGGCGGGGCGGCCGCGGCCGCGUGCUCAUGCGCGCAUGCUCGUGGCAGGGCUGCGUCGACGACCCCGCCGCGGCCGUGGCGAGCUGCGCACGCCGCCUCGUCGCGUUCGUCGCCGACCGCGUCAGCGCCAUCUGGGCAUGGUAGCGCCUUUGGCAGUGCCAGCAUCUGUGGAAUCCCUUGCCGAGUUUGGGACUCCAAAAUCACUAGUAUAUGUAUGUAUGGUCGAUCCAGGCAUCCAGCGAUCGUUUUGCAUGCGUUUCUCUCUCGAAUCGUAUGCAUGGCCUAAAACCAUUGUCAGGUGUAAAAUGGCAGUAUGCCCUUUCGCCAUGAAAUGCGAUCAGAUGAGGUAUUUUAGUUGUGUGCUGUUGGAGAGAACCAUGACAAUCGAUGGAUCAUCUCCAAAUGACAUCAUCAUAUUGUUUGUCGUCACCAAUGGGGGUGUAGCAAUAGCAGUAUAGCAUUAUUUUAGUUGAAUUGUCAUUGAACUAAAAUUCAUAUUACAGGAACGAAAAGGCGUUAUGAUAACA